ACCUUGCCUAGUGGUGUUGAGGUGACGAGCGCAAGAGAGGAGGUUGUGACAGUGAAGGAACUCUGUGUGGCAGGACCACCAGGACCUCCUGGACCUGUUCGACCACAGUUAAGGAACAGAAAAAGGUUUUCCUUUGUUUUAGGGUUGCAGAGGCAUCCCAGGGAUGGGGGGACCCAAAGGAGAUAAGGAUGACAUCGGAUGGCCAGGGUCCAAGGGUCGGACUGGGCGUCCGGGUGUGCGUGGGAAACCAGGUGCUGCAGGGCUGCCUGGCCCAGAGGGACAUAAGCAGGGAGAGAAAGGAGACCCAUGGCUGAUGGGAAUGCCAGGAAUGAGAGGAUCACCUGGACCUAAACGUUUGCCAGGCUAUAAGGAUCAGAAGGGAGCACGGAGGAAUUCCGGAACCACAGGUCCAAAAGGAGACAAGAGAGCAAAUGGGCUGCCUGGGAUGCUGGGACUGAAGGGUGAAAUGGGACCCAAGGGUAGCCUGGCAUCCCAGGGAAACGUGGCCCUACAGGACAACCAAGUAAGAGAGGCAAAGAGCAUAUCAGAACAAUUCCUGAAGGAUCACGUGAUACUGAAGACUGGAGUAAUAGCUGAGCUGGUGGAUGAAUGUUUUAGGAAAAGAAUGGAAAGACAUUAUGAUUUAAAUUGUGUGUAUAAUAUGUUUAUACGAAACUUAUUUAUUUGUUUGGUAUUGCAAAUGCAUGAUUAGGACUGUGUAUGUUUCUGUAUGUAUAUCAUGUUCUUGUUCCCAAGAGACUAAGCACUAAUUUCGCUGGUACGUGCCCUGUAGCAUGUAUUGUAAAUGCAGGUAUUUAUUGUAUUUUUUUAUUUAUUUAUUUAUUGAACCAAAUGUUUAUGAAAAGAUACCUAUUAAUUCUCUACUUGAUAAUUUUUCACAGAAACAAGUAUGUCUUGUAAUGUUUAUUUGGGUUAAAUAAUCAUUUAUUCAGUCAGAGCAAUUAAUGGCAAGCAUGUCCAGUGGGUGGCGCUGUUUCCCAGUGUCUCACAUGUGUCCUUCUUUUUGAUUCAGAGCUUUAAUAGAGCAUUUCAUACUGGCACAGAUUUCAAAUACAGACAGAUGUAAAAAAUUAAACAUAGAAUGAGGGAAAA